UCCACUUUGUUCAUCUUAGCCGCCUGUCUCACUAUGGCCUCAGCCUCCUCAACUCUUCCCUGAGAGAGCAACCACCGAGGAGACUCUGAGAUGAACCUGCCUCAGUAUUUAACAUAGAGACUGGUUGGGAUGGUUACACAAAAAGACUAGUCUGUAGUAUUAGGCCAUGGGAAAUUGUUAGAUUAUCUGCAUGUAUAUUUUUUUUUAUUAUAAAGAAGUAAAGUCUUAUUAUCUUUGCAGGAAACAAGGGCAAAAAUGGGACAGCCUCAACACUUGCAAACCCUGAUGUGAGCACACACAUUAGGGCCAUGACAGUACCUCACAAGUGUCCACAUCUGAAAAAACAAAACAAAAAACUUGACGAAAUACUGUUACUCAAUCUUGGGAUGCAAUUUGAAAAAAGUAGUGGUGAUGCUUCAAUCAACAAACAUGACUAUAACCAGCCCAGGUCUGCGUCUAGGUGUUGCCAUUUUACUUUUCUGUGCAGUAGUCGACUUAAUCCUUGUAAUAUAUACUGUACAUAUGGCAGUGUGGCCUAACACUAAGGUGUGCACAGAUAGCUUACAGAUGAAGACAAAGAGGGAUUAACAGAAAAAAAAGGAAUGAGUCUAAGCUGUUCAUUAUACCAUCAGUCAUUCAUGCUCCACUAACAGAGUUAACCUACACAACACGGUAGCACCUCCCUUUCUUUUUCUGCCUUUUCUCUUCCUUCUCUUUCUCGUCUCCAUGUCUUAUUUUGCUGCUGUUUUCCUGUUUUUUAAAUUAUAUAUUAGAAGCGUAUGAGGCAAAAACAAUCUUUUGUCAUCUAUUUUCACUCAAAACAUUUCCCUAUAUUUGUGUUUCUCUAUUUCUUGCUAUCAGCUGCAAUUUAAGUCAGCGUUCACUUUUUGACCCAGAGGUGCCAUUUCAUCAAAACCCAAGCCAAACAGGAUCUGACCAUGGAAAGUCCAGCUGGAACACAACGAGUGAAAACUGUGAUAUCUGCUCUCUGCAAAAUCCCUCUUCUCUUCCUGCUCCUGUACCUCUUCGUGUGCUCCCUUGACAUUUUAAGCUCUGCCUUCCAACUAGCUGGCGGCAGAGUAGCAGGAGAUAUCUUCCAGGAAAAUGCCAUCCUGUCUAACCCAGUGGCAGGGCUGGUGGUGGGAAUACUGGUGACAGUGUUAGUCCAGAGCUCCUCUACCUCGACCUCCAUUAUAGUCAGCCUCGUCUCUUCUGGUUUGCUGGAUGUUCAGUCAGCCAUUCCUAUUAUCAUGGGCUCCAACAUCGGAACAUCAGUCACCAAUACCAUUGUUGCUCUAAUGCAGGCUGGGGAGAGAGAUGAGUUUGAAAGGGCAUUUGCUGGAGCUACAGUCCACGACUGUUUUAACUGGUUGUCUGUGUUGGUGCUUCUCCCUCUGGAAGCUGUGAGCGGGAUGUUGAGGCGACUGUCACAGGUCGUGGUCGACACACUACAGUUCGGUACUGGAGAAGAAGCUCCUGAACUUCUGAAAGUCCUCACUGAGCCACUCACUGGAAUGAUUAUCCAGGUACAGCUGGAUCAGUCAGUCAUUACAGCCAUUGCUACUGGAGACCAGAGUGUGAGGAACAAGACUCUGGUGAAGCGCUGGUGUCAAAGCACAACCGCAGAGGUACUGGACAAUGACACAUCCUGGAGAACACACAACCUCUCAGAACAUACACUGAUAUGUAGGCAUCUCUUUGUGGACUGCACUUUGUCAGACUUGGCCAUAGGUCUGAUCCUCCUGGCCUGCUCUCUGUUGGUGCUGUGCAGCUGUCUGAUACUGCUGGUUAAACUGCUCAACUCCCUGCUGAAGGGCCAAGUAGCCAGUGUUAUUAAUAAAGUUGUUAAUACAGAUUUCCCCUUCCCUUUCACCUGGCUGGCAGGAUAUCUGGCACUACUAGUCGGAGCAGGCAUGACCUUCUUGGUUCAGAGUAGUUCUGUCUUCACCUCUGCCAUCACUCCCCUCGUAGGGAUCGGUGUUAUCAGUAUUGAAAGAGCCUACCCUUUAACCCUGGGGUCCAAUCUGGGAACCACUACAACAGCUACACUGGCAGCCCUGGCUAGUCCUGGAGAUAAACUAGCUGCUGCCACACAGGUUGCUUUAUGUCAUUUUUUCUUCAACCUCCUCGGUAUCCUGCUGUGGUAUCCCAUCCCAGCCACCCGUUUACCCAUACGCAUGGCCUGUGCACUUGGCAACUGCACUGCCAGGUACCGCUGGUUUGCCGUUUUGUACCUCCUUCUCUGCUUCCUGCUGCUCCCAUCCCUCGUGUUUGCCCUCUCCAUGGCUGGUUGGAAGGUGAUGAUGGGGAUUGGUGUACCAGUCAUUAUGCUGAUCAUAUCUGGUGCAACGGUACACGUGCUCCAGGUGUGCAGACCCGAUUGUUUGCCACUUAGACUGCAGAACUGGGACUUCCUUCCUGUUUGGAUGACCUCGCUGCAGCCCCUCGAUGACCUCAUCACCAGGGUGACCCUGUGUUGCAGGCAGGGAAGAGGUUUGAGUUGCAAGGGAAAUGAUGGCCCGGUAACAUCACUGGAGGGCAUUACUGUCAACACGGAGAGAAAAGUCAGAGAGGAAUGGAAGCCGAGUGAGGAAGGACAGGAGAGUAACAACAGCUGGCAGAAACAAAGAGAACUGGACAAACAUGGAUGCUGUGACCUACAGGACAAUGAGGAAAACAACAGAGGAAACACAGCAACCGAUGUGUCUUCAGAGAACAACAAAUUAAACUUGGCUGCAGUGUGGUUCGUAAAGAAAGACACAAACAAUCAGGGCACUCAAUUCAGCAGCACUCGCUUGUAGUGCUUGUGUCUAAGGUGUGCUAGAUGUUGCAUGAAUAUACCUGUGAGGAAGUCACCAAAAAAAAAAUAAAAAUGAUACAGUCAUGUGCUGAAAAACAGCAUAAAUGUAACUGCCACCAACUAAUUGACCUGCGAGGUAAGUUACUGUAAAUGUAAGGCAGAUGGUCUGCUUUCAGAUGAGUAAGGUAUGAAUGGUUAAUAAACAGCAUUUUGGAUUCUUACCACAAUACAGACGGAUAAUCAUUAAUAGGCUGGCUUAUAUUUAACGCAGCUGAUGUCAGAGGACUUUCAACCGUGGAUUUAAAUCAACCCAUCCACUGUCUGUAACCAGUGAUACUGUUCAGGUUCACGGGAGGAGGAGGGGGGUUGCUAUCCUAGCUGACACUGGGCAAGAGGUGGGGUACACCCUAGACAGGUGGCCAGACUAUCAAUGGGAUGACACACAGACGGUAAAUUUAAAGUCACUAAUUAACCUGCAUGUCUUUGGACUGUGGGAGGAAGCCAGAGACUCUGGAUAAAACCCCAGUAGGAGAACAUGCUAACUCCACACAGAAGGGCCCCAGCCAGCUGGCAGGAUCAAACCAAGAAAUGUUGUUUUGUUUUUUACAGGAGAAUGCAUUUUACAAAAGGUAUCCUCAAACAUGAAUGAAUGUCAUGUUACUUGAUCUUAAACAAAACUUAUUGGUGCUGCAGUUUUUCAUUGUUAGUGUCACAUAUUGUUUAAUUGACACACUGUGACAUGUGCGGCCUGUAGGGAAGUUUAGUGAUGCAGAUGUUUGUGAGCACUGAGUACUGUACUGUAUCGGUUUUGUAAAUAAAACAUUUGGCUAUGCAGUACAUUUCACAAA